GUUCAUCGUCAUACAAGAACUUCACCACUUCCUAACCCUAAAUACUAUAAAUUAACUGGCUUCAAUCGUGAGUUUUGGAUAGACAUGUUCUCCACUCAUGACCAUAACUGCCCAGUGUUCUUACCUCCAGACCAUAAGGACUGUCUCUACAUUGAAGCACAACUCUUAAACUCUACCAUCGCAGUAUUGUAA